GUUUGGGUUCCUAACAUGCGACUGUUUUUGGAAAAGCCCGCUUCUAGAAAACAAAAGUAGCACUGGUCUUGCGGCAGUGCAUUAUCUUGGUCUGAUCUCAGCCUUCGUCAAAGUAUACGGGAGGAUGGUUGACCACGAAAGGGUGGAGUUUUUGCUGCAGCACAGAGACUUCUUGGUUGUGACUGAACCUGAAGCUGAUGAGCUAGAAAGGAAAAAAGUUGACUCUCCUGUCCGUGAAUUAGAACAGGAUAUUGACAGCACGGCUAGAACUCAUGUUGUGCGAUUGCUUCCGGGUUUCCUGUCGUGCUGUGCUAGUGCUGCUGGUGAUAAAAACGCGAGAUUAUUAGCCGGCUCACUUGUGCGGCGAUUAUUUCCAGUUUUCGAAAAAACGAAAAACAAAAAGGACGAAUGCUUCGUUGUACCUUCUUCAGAGGGCGCCUCUCGUAUGUUCCUUUCUUGUGCAAAGCUAUUCACUGCUACACAAGCCGAUUCUGGUGAGGGGGCCAUCAACGGUAAUAUGCAGAUAUACGAUUAUAAUUCUCGACCACGAGCAGGAGUCAGGGAUCCGGAAGAAGAAACUUUUUGGAAUUUUGCUCUCGCUGCUGCACGUCUGUGUAAUGCAGACGAGCAUCUCGAAAUGAGCCUGAAACGUUCAUCCUCCUCCGUGGCCAUAACCACAAGUCAGUCAAAAAUAUUCGGGAACUCAAUCAUAGCUGCCUGUGCGCUCCUAGCCUCUGGUCGAUGUCGAGAAGCGGGAAGAGAGCGGGAGCUCCUCUUGGACCUAGUUGAAAACGGAGAUAGAGCACUUGCAGCUCCUAAGCAUGAUCUGCGAAUGGAGAUGGAACUAAAUCAGAAUAAUUCAUCUAGAAUGGCUCUUGUACCAGAGGGCGAUGAAAGUGGCAAGAUACUGAUGGCGCUCGCCAAAGCUGAAGUGUUUCGGCCAGCUUUUCUCAGAUCCUGCAUACAUCGGUUUGGUGAAGAGCGGGACCAUCAGUCAGCUAGAAGUAUGUUGGAGGUGGACCACGACCAUUCCAAGUUGCUUCAGACGCUCACUUGGGCUUGUCACCGCUGUGGUGAUACAGUUGGUCUGCGUGAAUUGUACUCUGCUUUUUUUUCCCACUUUCGACAAAGGAGGACUCAAGAGCAAGACUUUGCGUCUUCAGCGUCCUUACGUGUUGCGUUUGCCUACGUGUGUGCAUCGCUGAUGCCACCUCUUGUCAUCCUGCGGUCAUUAUUAUCUGCGUCUGCUCAUUCUCAAAUAUCAGUAGACAAAGAGAACAAGGAAAUGAAGCAGAUGCUCGAGGUUGUGGAAUUCGCUUUGACCGGGGUUGGCGUAUCUACAAGAAACUGUGCGACGUCGGAGACCAGCCUUCAACAGGAAGUGGGCGAAACGUGCCGCGCAAUAGGCCUUGCAUGCAAUUUCGAGCAUGUCUCUAUGUCUCCCUUUAUCGUAGAUAUACGCAUAAUAUCACCACAAGAACAAGGUCAAGAAGUCCAUUCAAAGAACCCGGCAAAGAUAGGAACCAGCGCAAGUAGAAAUUGUCUGAGUUGUAGAUUAUGAUACUAAGAAAGUAAACAGUUUUGAUUGGACGACCACGCAGGAGGACGCUGCGUCUG